AGACCUUGGGCUAGCGCAAGCAAUAUCAUCCAGGUGUUGGUUGGAGGACAGAGGUGGGGCCAGCGGGUAUAUAAGGCACAGCGGGUGUGGUCAGAAACACACAACUCGACUCUCCUCCAGCACAGACAAUCCUCGCCAGCAGUUAUGAAGUUCUUGAUUUUGGUCUCAGCAUUGUUGGCAGCGGCGAGCGCCCUCCCCACCUACUCCAACCCGGGGUGGGUGGUCCCUGCUGGUAGCAUCGGCCUCUCUGGUAUUGUGCGCAGAGAUGGCACCAUCGAAGGCUUCACAGGCGACUUCACCCGUGACAUUGUGGCCAUCGGACCCUCUGGGAUCGUGACCAAGUCUGGAGCUAAUGUGCAGCUCGACAGUAACCUCCACAGGGUGAGGCGAGCUUAUUAUGCUGGAUUUACUCGUCCUGAGGGCAGCGUUGGCUACUCGGGUAUUGUGCGAGCUGAUAGCACCGUCGACGCCUUCUCAGGGGACUUCUCCCAUGAUAUUGUCGCCAUCGGACCUUCCGGUAUCGUGACAAAGUCUGGCAAGAAUGUGCAGCUCGACAGUAACCUCCACAGGGUGAGGCGAGCUUAUUAUGCUGGAUUUACUCGUCCUGAGGGCAGCGUUGGCUACUCGGGUAUUGUGCGAGCUGAUGGCACCGUCGACGCCUUCUCAGGGGACUUCUCCCAUGAUAUUGUCGCCAUCGGACCUUCCGGUAUCGUGACAAAGUCUGGCAAGAAUGUGCAGCUCGACAAUAACCUCCACAGGGUGAGGCGAGAUUAUGCUGGAUUUACUCGUCCUGAGGGCAGCGUUGGUUACUCGGGUAUUGUGCGAGCUGAUGGCACCGUCGACGCCUUCUCAGGGGACUUCUCCCAUGAUAUUGUCGCCAUCGGAGCAUCCGGUAUCGUGACUAAGUCUGGCAAGAACGUCCAGUUGACAUCGGGUCUGUACCGCGUCUAGUGACAUGUUACUGGACACUUCGACAUGCUCACCUCCUGGAUCUGAACGGACCCGCUGGAAUAGUGCUCUCCGACGGACACCUCCUCCAGAAGCCUUCAGAAUAUUAGACCCGACCACAGCGCUCCAGAUGACCUUCCCUUCCCGUCUUGCAGUCGUUGAGGUGCUCCUCUCCAAGAAUCAUACUUUUCUGUGUAAAUGUUUCCUUUACUCUAUUUGAUCACAAUAUGUUCACAUUGUUCAUAAACACCUUAAUAUCUUCUUCACGCCAUCGCCAUAUAUUUGGUGUCUCUAUAAAACAUUUUCUUGUCUUAAAAGAACAAUACAAAUAUCAUUAUAAUGUAACUAAAGACAUAUUUUCUGCGAAAUAAAUAGAUGAAAUAUAAA